AACCACAAUAACUGCUACCCUUUCAACCACAGCAACCCCAAUAACUGCUACCCCUACAACAACGACGGCUCAACCAACAACGACGGCUCAACCAACAACGACGGCUCAACCAACAACGACGGCUCAACCAACAACGACGGCUCAACCAACAACGACGGCUCAACCAACAACGACGGCUCAACCAACAACGACGGCUCAACCAACAACGACCGCUCAACCAACAACGACGGCUCAACCAACAACGACGGCUCAACCAACAACGACGGCUCAACCAACAACGGCCGCUCAACCAACAACGACGGCUCAACCAACAACGACGGCUCAACCAACAAUGACGGCUCAACCAACAACGACCGCUCAACCAACAACGACCGCUCAACCAACAACGACCGCUCAACCAACAACGACGGCUCAACCAACAACGACGGCUCAACCAACAACGACGGCUCAACCAACAACCACGGCUCAACCAACAACCACGGCUCAACCAACAACCACGGCUCAACCAACAACCACGGCUCAACCAACAACCACGGCUCAACCAACAACCACGGCUCAACCAACUACUACAAUUAA